AUGCAAGGUAACCUUGAAAUUAGAUCUAUAACGGGCAAUAAGUUUGUUUUCAAAGCUAACAUGAAACAUACCGUUCAUGCUCUUAAAAAGGUGUUAUCUGCUAAGCUCCAAGUUGAUCAAAAAAAUUUACAUUUUAUUUUUCAUAAAAAAGAACUUCCCGAUAAUACGACUGUAGAAAAAAUUGAUAUUAAACCUGAUAGCUACAUUAUAUACUACGAAUCUCCAAAAUCAAAGGAUGAUAUUGUUAAAUCUCAACCCCCAACUCCACCGCAGCCAAUUGUUGAAGAACCUGCCCAAGAAGAAAUGAUUAAAAUUGAUAAUCUAGAAAUUGAACGCUCAAGAUUCGACGAUUACGUGGCCUUUUUACAUAAUAUGGGAUUUCAAAAGAAUCAGUGCGUUAGUGCGCUUAAAUUUACUCAUUUUCAACUAGCAUAUGCUGCUGAUAUCCUUUGUACUGGAAAUAUUCCAAAAGAAUUUUCGAAUAGUGAAUUUGAAAAGAAAUUUUCUGUUAUUCUUGACAAGCUACGCUCUAAAAAACUUAACCAAGAAAGGAUUGAUCUUAUUUCUUCCAAAUUCACACAAGAUGAAAAGAAAUCUAUCAGAAACUUGAUUGAACUCGGAAUUAGCGAAGAUCAAGCUAUUCAGGCAUUUAUUGCAUUAGACAGAAACGAAGCAGUUGCUACAAACUUAUUAAUUUCUAUGUUAGAAUAA